AUGAUGAAAGAUGGGGGAAUAGAUGUAGUGCUAUUACAAGAAACAAAAAAGAGUAGCAUGGAUGAAGAGUUCAUUAAGCAGAUGUGGCCAUUUGAAAAGAUGGAGUUCAUGGGGAAGGAUGCAGAAGGUACUACAGGAGGUUUGUUAUGCAUUUGGAAUCCAGAUAGAUUCAGACUUAAGGAGUGCUGCAGUUCAAGACAGUUUGUUAUGCUUUCAGGAAUUGUUGGAGUGGAUUUUAAAUGGACUAUAGUCAAUAUUUAUGCCCCAAAUAAUGUAGUUAAGAGAAGGCAAUUGUGGGAUGCUCUGGGUAGACUAAAAACCCAUUACACUAAUCCUUGGUGUGUGGGUGGAGACUUUAAUGAGAUUAGGUAUAUUAGUGAAAGAAAUGGAUGCUCAAGAAAGAAUAGAGGCAUGACUGAUUUUAAUGGGUUAAUUGAUCAGUUAAGUCUAAUGGACUUGCCUAUGUUGGGAAGAAGUUUCACAUGGUGUAAUGCUCAAGAUGGGGAGAGAUGGAGCAGGAUAGAUAGGUUUCUCUUGGAUAGUAGGUGGCUUGAGGAAUAUUCAUUUAAGCAAUGGGGACUACCUAGAAAUAUAUCUGACCAUUGCCCAAUACUGUUAAAGGAAGAUGUUAGAAAUUGGGGUUCAAAACCAAUUAGGUUUAUUAAUGCUUGGUUACUCCAUCCUAAGUUCAAAGUUGAAGUGAAGAGUCUUGGCAGGAAGCUGUUGAUCCAGGAUAGGCUGGAUUCAGACUAA